AUGUCUGCGUACGCUAUCGCCGGACUGCAGAGCGGGACGAUCCUCACCAUUGCGGACGUUCUGACCCAGGUGGGCAUUGACGGGAAGCGCAUUGGUGCCAUACCGAGGUUGCCCUGGCAGAACAACCAGGAAAAUACGAAAAACACCGCCCAAGGAGGAUCUUCUUCAUCUUCCUCUUCGUCCAGCCAUGUAAACGCGGCCGAGCACUACAAUCCGGACCGCACGCUUCGCUGGGCCGGUGCAGGGCUGUUGAUACACGGGCCCUAUUUCAAGUUCACGUUUGGCAAAAUAGACGGGUUUUUCGCGAACUCGCCGCUCAACCUGCGAACGGUGUUGCUGAAAACCGCAACGGCACAAUUCACUGUAUAGAAAUACGUAUUUCAUCGGGAGGUGGAAGAUUUUUUGAUACGCAAAUUGAAAAUGAAGAGGAUCAAGAUACGAUGCGUUUCGGUUGAUUUCACGACUAGAGAGGAACGCAUAAUUUUGUACUACGCGCUAUACAACAAAAAUUUCUAGGCCUUCCCGGGUUACCUCGCCCUUCUUUUCACGUAUAUGGGCCUUGCAGAGGGAAUCCGCAACCAGGACGAGCUGUGGCAAAAGGUGUACAAAAGAGUGCCGGAAGCGUUCGCCGCCGGGUGCGUUUUUUGGCCAGUGGCGAACACGUUCAAUUUCACGUUUGUCCCCGCGAGCUACCGAGUGCCCUACCUCGCAUCCUGCGGCUCCGUGUGGGGCAUUGUGCUAUCAUGGCUCAACGCGCGAGAUAGCAACCAGGAGGGAAAAUAA